AUGGUGAAGGACAUGGCUACUUUGAAGGCAAAAGAGGGCUCAGACAGGGGACCCUGCAUCACCAUUAUUAUUUGUUCUAGUGAUGGAAUACCUUUCAAGAAUAUUAAAGUGUAUGAGCUUAGUGAAAGUAACUCAGUCACUAGAGUUAAUGAGGCAUUGGAGAAUUUUAGUGCCACUACUGGACUGGUGGCAAAUAUUGAUAAAUCAAGUAUUUUCCUAGCUGGUAUGGAGGAUCAGGAAAAAGAGCAGUUGAUCAGAUUGACACAGGGGGUAUUUCCCAUAAGAUACUUGGGCUUGCCCGAGGUGGAGCAAGAUGGAAUGUCAAGAAGAUUACAUGUGAUUGUAGCAGUGCUUUUCUCCAUUCAUAGUUUCUGGAGAUCUGUGUUCAUCUUGCCUCAGAGAGUUGUCAAAGAGGUUGAUAAGAAAUGUAGGGAGUAUCUUUGGGGGACUACAAGAGACAGGAAGAAGGUAGCAUUAAUAGCUUGGGAUAAAAUUUGUGUACCAAAGAAAUAUGGAGGUCUUAACAUUAAGGGGUGUGGGAAUUGGAAUGUAGCUUCAGUGGGGAAAUUGAUCUGGCAGCUUGCUUUAAAGGAAGAUUCGUUAUAG